GACGCCAGCAGUCGCCACCGGUUCAACGUCGCAAAGCAGUCUGCCAUGACAGUCGCGGUCGUCGGUGUUGCACGUUACAGUGGUAAAACGUUCAUCCGCGAUUAUUAUUGACCGUGCGAACGGGACGACCGAUCCGAUGGGCUAACCUGUUACACGCGUGAGUGAACAGAGACACGUGUGCGUUCGUUUUACCGAUCCGUGUCUCUCGUCAGGAAACCGCACGCGUCUCGGCGUAUAGUGAAUGGCGGCGGGUGGUGGUGUGUUGUGACGUGUGUCGCGUGUCCGCGGCUGUCAGUUAGCUCGCGUCGAUCCCAGAUUUUUUCCGCGGACCGCACGAUCAUCGCCAAGGCUCGUCGCAAUACCGUGGACGCGAACGGCAUCGAGGUUAGAACGGCUCGACGCGAGCUUAUUUCAUUCUCUUUCGAUAGCGCGGCAUUUGUUUACGAGCAGGGCGUCCCGUUGCUCGAAGGUGCGGUGAAAAAUGACGUGCGGACUCCCGUUGCUCUUUCGCUCUCUCUCUCUUUCUCUCUCUCACUCCAGCUGCCGACCCUCCCUCUCACCCUCUUUAUCCGUGAGUACUACCUAUACCUCUCUCUCCGUACCUUUCUACUUUAUUCGCUGCAGCCGCUAGACCGGGGAAUUAUUGAGUGAACCCACGGCCAAAGUUCUGUCACGUUGUCACGAGUACCCUGUUCUCGCACGGGAACGUUAACGACAGCUCUGUUCGUUAACCCGGGAUCACCUACGUUUCAGCAGUCUCAUGCUUAGAGAUAUUUAUAUAAUUCGAAGUUCAGAAUGAUCGUCCGUAUUGCGUUAUGUUUUACUUAUAAAGUGGUAGAUAAUUAUGUGUAACUUUUUAUCCACUGUUCUUCGAAUGUCUGAGCAUACAGUUCUUGACCUCAGAAAGAAUGUAUUAGAAAUUGUUUCAAAAUGUCAAAUCACAAGUAAUUGAAGGACAGACGCAUAGCCAUUUUAUACGGACAGUACAGAAUGUCUGUAAAUCGAUUUGGCAUUUCUCGACAACGUGAAAAGGACUCUGUCUGAGGUGUUUCGUUCUCUAGUAGUCGAACGCCGGAAACGACCGGCCAUGAGGGAACGGUUCGACCCGGCCGGUUUACGCCCCUUCACGCGUCACGUCACGCCGCCGUCCACCGAAAAUUCGCCAACUCCUGCGGUGUUUCGCGAUACGCGUCGCGUGGAAACCUAGUGACUCGCAUCACCAGUUAUGUCCGUUCACCUAUUGCUGGAUUCGCGUACGGGCGAACGGUAGCGGUAACGGGCGUGCACACGAUACAUACAUAACAAUAAUCGUUUCGAUGAACAGUGUUGUGAUCGCGUUGCGCGCGCGAUCGAGACACGAGAGUGCGCGUAAACGUGGUGCCGUGGUGCACGCGGCCGGCGAACAGUGGUGGAGUGGAAUAAGAGAUAGCAAGACGCGGCCCGGUGCUCGCGAUUGUUAUCAGUUUCGCGGGUGUUCAACGCGUCGCCGCCGAUGAGAAGAUGUUCAACUUUAUGAAGAAGGCCGCGGAGAAGGACGACAAGGAGAAGCGGAAACGCGAGAAGAAGGAGCGGAAGGAUGUCAAGAAACGAGACCGCGGUAGCAUGUCCGCCGAGGAACUCCUGCGCCUCGACGAGGUUCGAAGAUCGUUGAAGAUCCCCGGUCGCCGCAAGGAGAAGGAAAAGUUACCGAGCGGCAUCACGGCCGACUACAGCGCGUCGUUCUUCGCGUACCUGGACCGAGACCUCCUCGAGAACUCUCAAAAUUCGUCGAACUCGAGCCAGAACCCGCGAACCGGUAACAGUUGGACGAACAGAACGCCGGACGGUCUCACUCAAAGCGAUUCCUCGGAAACCUCGUUGACUUCGUUGACGAUCACCAGCUCUGGGUCGGCGAACGCGUCGGGUCAGGGAAGAAACCUGCCUCCGUUGCCACCGAAACCUCCAAAACGAGGGAUCUUGAAAGGACCGCGGCUCAGCGUUAGCAACACGGUGAACUCACUGUCCGAAGAAGUUCACCUCCCAAACGGGAACGAGAACAGUUACCAAGAAGCCAGCAAUCUCCUAGUGAGAAACACGCUGCAGAACGAGGUGAUCGCGUAUCAGAACGUGCCCGCACAUUUGUCGGCUACGUUUGCCAAUUCUGUUAAAGAAGAAGGUUGCAGCGAAGAGGAACCCGGCCAAGGGUCCUGGCAAGUCUCCCCGCAGAGGACCCAGCAGCAGCAGCAGCACCAACACCAGAGCGACAAGCUACUGCAGGUGGUGACGAGCGCGAGUCCAUCCGCGGAUUCGUUGACGGACACGACUAAUUCGAGUUUCGCGACACCACCGUUCAGCCUGUCGCCCGUAGGCGAGUCUCAGGGUCUGCUGAGGUGGAGGUCCUCGGCGUCGUUCGAGGACCAGGGCGUCGACCUCCAGCUACCGGAAAUAGUGUCACUGGAUUUACCCGAACCGCGCGAGUUAACGAUCCAGAGGCAACCGCCGCCGCGAAACGAUUUCGGUUUCUCGUUACGCCGCGCGGUGAUCGUCGAGAGAACCGCGAGCGGCGAAACGCAGAUGCGGCCGGUGACCUUCGCCGAACCCGGUUCGCUUCAGCAUAAUAACGAUACCGGGCUACUGCCUGGCGACCGGCUGAUCGAGAUCAACGGGAUCAAUGUCGACGAUAAAUCCCGGGAAGAGAUCAUUGAUCUUAUCAAGGGAUCCGUCAACAGCGUCACCGUAAAGGUGCAACCGGUUGCCGAAUUGUCGGAAUUGUCGAGACGCGGUGGCAGCGACGGAAGACAAGUCGAGCUUGCGGACAUGAAUAUCCGCAGCGGAACGCUUCGCAGAUCCGGUAGCUUGCGGUUUCAUCAAAACAUGAGGAUGGAGGAAGGUUGGGACGAUAGCAGCGUGAUAAGGACGCCUCAGGAACGGAAGUGGCGACGGAUCACCGCCGAGAUCGAGCAGAGGCAACCGAGGGACAAGCCACCGAGAGAUUUGAAGAUCCUCGGAUUGAAGAAUCCGUCGUUGAAGAAUCAGAAGUGGAAUCGGAAGAACGGGAAAUCGAAACCGAAACCGAUCGUGGACAUCGUCGAGUGGGAAGAACUGUUGGAAUUGGCUCUGGCGAAGAAGAUCGUCAAGAGGAACUCGAGGAACGGCGAGGACGUCCUCGACGACGGCGCGAACCGUCGAGAGGCGGUGGCCAAGGGUGUCGAAGGAGAGUGCAUGAAACGCCUCGAGGUGCUUCUGGAGAACAGACUGCCGCCGCGAAACGACGAGGUAUGUCAUUACGUCAAGCCUGGGUACUUGCGAUGUGUCGGUAUGCGAGGACGAAAUACAAUGAAAGCAAAAUACGCAAGGAUCGUGUGGGAUAAACUUAGGUUUCGUUAAAACGACAAUGUAAAUUUUCACUAUGUAUUUAUAUUAAG